UGGUGGUGUCAGUCCUACGCAGAUUGCUAGGGCUGCUUUGAGAUUGUGUCGGGCAGCGCCUCGGGCCGCAUAAUAUGCGUCGCGUUUGUUGUGUCGGUGCAAUUUGUACCUUACGCCUUUGACAGAUCCGACAGGGCUUCAAAAUGGCAACUCCAAGCACUUCCACCACGUUAAAGCGUAUCAGGAUGGUGAACGCCGUCUUGUGUGUGUUGGGCAUCCUCAUUUCGGGCUACGCUUAUCGUGUGGAGACGCGCAAAGAACACGACAGAAGCUACCAAGCGAUGUGCGAUAUCAACCAGCACAUGAGCUGUUCCAGGGUGUUUACAUCAAGGUAUGGAAGAGGAUUCGGGUUAUUGGGCCACAUCGUUGGAUCUGAUUCCGUUUACAAUCAACCCAACAGCGUGUUUGGUGUGCUCUUCUACCUCUCCGUCCUCGUGUUUGGUGCACUGGACGGAAGAACUCCGGCGAAAUUACAUCUCGUGCUCAGCGUCAUAUCUAACAUUGGGUCUGUGUAUCUCGCGUGUAUCCUGUAUUUUGUCCUGCACGAUUUCUGCGUCGUGUGCGUCACCAUGUAUGUGAUCAACGCCCUGCUGCUGACAUGCAGCGUGCUGCGCCUCAAGCACGAUUCUGCGCCGCCGGCCAAGGCAAAACGCAGCUAAUGACGUGUACAAGGUCAGCGCGUUUCCGACCGGAACACGAGGAAUUCUUCCUGAUACUAUUUUUGUAAUAACAUUUUGCGUCUCUUCUUGUACGGCACGUGCGUAUACAGCCCAUUGAAUAUCGUCGGAAGUCGCAGUCGGAGAGAGAUAUCGGGUUAACAAACAUCAAGUCUACUUCAGUCUCGGUCCAAUCGACGGUGUUGCUCGCAUUCCCUUCCUAGCCAGACCCGUAUGCUAAACGACUAGGAUGUUCGCCAACUUCCUAUCUAGAUUUUUUUUUUCUUAUAUAUACACAAAAAGGUUGAAAGUAGCGAUGUGGUCAAUUCUGCUCACUGCUUCAGCAAUUUGACACAUUUUUGGAGGCUGUGUGACCUCGUUGUGUGCAACUGUAAGAACCUUCUCGUUAUGAUUAUGAUGCAAUUAAAUGCAAAGGUGCAAGCGAGCUGGACAAGAAUGAUGAAAAUUAACCCUGGAGAAUGGGAACAAGAGGGAUAAAGGACAAACACAAAUCUCCAAACACAAUCACACCAGUAACCUAGCUGUGUUUGGAGAUUUGUGUUUGUCCUUUGACCCUCUUGUUCCCCUUCUCCAGGGUUUAUUUUCAUCAUCCUUCUCGUUACGUCUGAAAUGCCUGAGUGUAGCAUAUGUCAUUCUCGAACAAUGUUCAGGUGGCUUCUUUUUUCAGAUGUAUGUCUCAUCACCAAUGAAAUGUGGAAUGCUACCGUAGCAGCUUGGGCGAGUUGGUUGCACAUUAUUGCAUCGACCAAGUGUAAAUCAGGUAUCGAUAACUCAAGAUAUUUUAUGUGCAGUUUAGUUUACGUUCGUCUCAAACAGUUGGUAUAUUUUCUGGGCAUAUAGGUGUAUAACCAACGUUUAUCAAUGUUGUGCACAGAAAUGAUUCAUAGUAUAUUUUGUUUAUUUGUAUAUAUUGAAAAGGCAACGAAAUGUUAUAUUUGUCCAGUAGUGGUUGUUCCACUGGUGGCGUUUACAGAAACUCGUGUUUUGUGCAAUCACCUUCUGAUUUGUUACGGCCUAGGAUUCAAGAUGCUAGUCUUGCAUACAUAUUUUCGCGGCAGUUUGCACUGCAACCGAAAUUAAGAAAUAAAACACCACAUUCAUGAACUUCUUGGGAAUUUUUAUUGACUUCAGUCCAGAAAGAACUGCCAUGUUCAUUUGGUGCUCAGCAUGCCAGAUCAGAAUGGUAGCUUUAAUGGGUUUGGUGUCAUUGCAGUUACAUGACAUGAAUAAAAAAGAAUGAAAUGGC